CAAUCUCAACAGUUUCUCACCACCGCAGCAACAAUGGCGAUCACUUCCAUCUCUCUUGUCAAACCUUUCACCCUUCAUCAUUCAUCAGCUAUUCCCCUUUCCUUAUUACACACCAACAGAAAAACAUACAAACUCACUUACAGCGGCGCGCCGGACAUACCCCGGCAAGAAAAGUUGCAUUUUCCGAGGAUGCGCAAGAUUGUAAUGACGCUGAAAGAAUCCCCUGCUGCAGCAAUGCAAGAGAAGCCUGCAAUGCCUAAUUCGACAGCUCUCGUAACAGUAAAGUUUAAGAAAGCAGGGAAUCUUGCGGAGCUUGUUAGUCGCGGCGCAAAGACUGCAUUAGGACAGGAAGGUGUAAUUCUGCAGUUAGUGAGCAACGAAGUUGAUCCGAAAACAAUGAAGUCAAAACUUAGCAAAGAAGUAGUGCUAAAAUGGUCGAAUAGCGAAAAAGUCGAAGGCGAUGAUUGUACUUACAAGGUGAAGUUUGAUAUUGAUCCCGAUUUUGGCAUCCCGGGAGGCAUCCAAGUUCGGAGUCAAUGCGAAGAAGAGUUCUUCCUUGUGAGUGCGUCGGUUGGAGAAGUUCGAUUUUUUUGCCGAUCGUGGGUGCAGCCGGAAAAGAUCAGCCCGGUGGUGAGGAUCUUCUUUUGUGACAAGGCAUAUCUACCCUCUCAGACUCCAUCGGGACUGAUAGAGCUCCGGCGGCGAGAACUUACUGAUUUAAAAGGCGACGGGAAGGGAUCACGGCUGCCAACCGACAGAAUAUAUGACUACGACGUGUAUAAUGACCUCGGCAAGCCUGACGACGGACCUGAUUUAGCAAGGCCUACUCUCGGUGGUAAUCCAAACUUCCCUUAUCCGAGAAGGUGUCGAACAGGGCGCCCGCCAACAGCUACUGACAAGCAUGCCGAGAGCGCGCCAAGUGCUUUGCUGCCAAUGUACGUCCCUAGAGACGAAGAUUACGAAGAACAGAAACAGGAAUUUAAGGCGAAAGGAGAGUCGAACACAGAAUUACGUAACAGAAUUCCUGGUUUGAUAGCGCAAAUAUUCGGCGAGGAGAACUUCUACUUAGCAGUGGAAGUAAACAAAGAACAGGCGCGAAGUAAGACCAAAAUAAAAUUCGCAUCAAUCGACGAAUCAUUGAAUGGAAAUCCGAUCUUGCAAAUUCUUCGCGGGAUUCAGGAGAUAAUAGAGGAAUCCCUUAACUUGAAUCCUCCCAAGUAUAUUUCAGAGGAGUUCGUGUGGGGAUUGCCUGACGAUGAAUUUGGCCGGCGAGUUCUUGCUGGCCACAACCCUGUAAACAUAGAGAAGCUAAAGAUUUUUCCUCCCGUAAGCAAACUUGAUUCGUCUAUCUACGGGCCGCAAGAAUCAGCAUUGAAAGAAGAACACAUAACAAGCUUUCUAGAAGGAAUGUCUGUGGAACAGGCCAUGGAUGCAGAUAAGCUGUUUGUAUUGAACUACCAUGACAUCUAUCUCCCUUUCUUGGAUCGGAUGAAUGCAAUCGAAGGGCGCAAGACGUAUGCAACAAGAACUAUUUUCUUCUUGACUUCAUUGGGAACUUUGAAGCCCAUUGCAAUCGAGCUUAGCCUUCCGGUGACAGAUGAUAAAGUCUCGGGUAAGAGGAUUCUCACUCCUCCGACUGAUGGCACCACCGACUGGCUAUGGGAACUCGGCAAAGGGCACGUCUACACAAAUGAUGCAGCUAUCCAGGGCAUGGUUAAUCACUGGAUGAGGAUACACGCUUGUAUGGAGGUAUUCGUCAUAGCAACUCACCGAAACCUAAGCGUGAUGCACCCCAUCUUCAAGCUGCUGCAUCCUCACACACGGUAUUUCCUGAAGAGCAACGGAGCCACACGAGACGGUCUCAUAAACGCAAAUGGAAUAUUUGAAACCAAUAAUGCUCCAGGCCAGUAUUGCAUGCAGCUCGGCAGUUCGGCAUAUCAAGAUUGGAGGUUCGACUUAGAAGGCCUUCCGGAAGAUCUCAUAACAAGGGGAAUGGCCGUGCCCGACUCCACGCAACCCCACGGGCUAAAACUUUCCAUCGAGGAUUACCCGUACGCGCAGGAUGGCCUCCUUAUAUGGUCUGCAAUUGAAAACCUGGUGACAAAAUAUGUGAAUUACUACUAUCCAGAGGCAACUCUUAUCCAGAAUGACACAGAGUUACAAGCCUGGUACAGUGAGGCAGUCGAAACCGGUCAUGGUGAUCUUGCAGAAGCAACCUGGUGGCCUAAGCUCUCGAUCCAGAGCGAUCUCAUUUACAUCCUGACAACCAUCAUAUGGAAAGUAACAGGGCAGCAUGCUGUUCACCACUUUGGACACUAUCCUUACGCCGGCUACAUCCCUGCCCAGCCUCCAUAUAUGAGAAAAUUUCUCCCCACAGAGCAAGAUCCAGACUAUGAAUGCUUUCUUGCAAAUCCUCGUGAGUAUUUCCUGUCAUCAAUCCCAAGUUUUACACAGGCAGUACAAUAUGCUGCUGUGCUUGAUCUAGGCUCAGGGCACUCUCCCGAUGAAGAAUACAUUGGAGAGAGGAAAGACCUGUCGAGUUGGGCCGGGGAACCGGAGAUUUUAGAGGCGUUCAACAAAUUCUCAAUGGACAUCAAAUCAUUAGAGGAGGAGAUUGUUAGAAGGAACUCUGAUCCAGGACUGAGAAACCGGUGUGGAGCUGGAGCAUUCCCUUUUGAACUGCUCAUUCCGAGCUCAGAAUCUGGGACGACGGGUAGAGGAGUACCUAACAGUGCAUCAGCGUGACAAGGAGUUACACAUAUUAAUCAGCGACAAGAAUUUAAGUGUGUGGAACAUUUAAGGGAACAAUCAGUGAAUUCAAAUCAUGUUAAAUAGAGGAAAUGAGUCUCCAGACAUGGAACAUGUAUUGUAAUCAACACUUUAUAAGGAGGACUCGUCUACAUGGCUAAA